AUCUUACAGAUCUUUUUUGUGUUGAGAAUAAAUGCUUCGUUCAAAAUCAUUUGUAAAGCGUACACGUAAAGGAAACGUUGUUAAAGUUGUGAAAGAACAUUACCUUCGUGAUGAUAUCCCUUGUUCAUCGAUAGCUUGUAAUAAUUGCAACAAAACAUCACCUCCUAUAUUAUCCGACGAGCCUAAAUCGACUACGAAAUUUAAGCCUCAUUAUCUUAUUCCUGAUACCAAUGUUUUCAUUAGUCAACUUGAUAUCAUGGAGCAUCCUGCCAUUAAGGAUGUUAUUGUUCUACAAACAGUUAAAGAAGAAGUACGUCAUUUGAGUCUUCCUGUUUACAAUAGAUUAAAUGCUAUUUUAGCUGAUAAGAAUAAGCGAUUUUACAUGUUUGCUAAUGAACAUCAACGUGAUACUUUUAUUGAAAAAUUAAAAGGAGAAACUCCUAAUGAUAGAAAUGAUAGAGCUAUUCGUGUGUCUACUAAAUGGUAUGCGGAUCAUUUAAAGUCAGUUGGAUCAAGCAUUGAUGUGAUCAUGUUGACAGAUGAUCGUGGUAACAGAGAAAAGGCUGCUGCUAUGGGUCUUAAGUCCAGUUCAGUUGCUGAUUAUGUUGAAAGUAUGAAGGAUACACCUGAAUUAAUGGACAUGUUAUCAGCUCCUAAAGCAGCUCAGUCAGGCGAAAGUAUCGUUUAUGAAGAACACAUGUCACCCGCAUUGAUUCAAAAUGGUAUUAAAAAAGGCACUCUUAUUCAAGCCAACUUUAAUAUCAGUACACAUAAUGUACAUGAGGCCACUGUUGUGGGUGAAGUAGAAGGAGAAACGAAAACCAUUUAUAUUUUAGGUCGUAAAAAUUUCAAUCGAGCUAUUCAGGGUGAUGUUGUUGCUGUUCAACUCUUACCAAAAAGUGAAUGGAAACGAGGUGCCUCAAUAGCUGUUGAAGAAGAAGAUGAUGAAGAAGAGAAAUUGUUUGGUGAAGAAGAUGAAGAUACUAAAAUGACAGAUCUAAAUGAAGAUACAAGUGAGGCUGAGCCUACAGCUAAAGUUGUAGGCAUUAUUCGAAAGAAAUGGAGACCUUACUGUGGUUUUAUUGUUAAAAAGACAGUACCCUCUGAAACAAUCGCUAACAGGACAGUUAGUGUACUCUUUCGUGCUAUGGAUAAACGUAUCCCACCUAUUCGAAUUAGAACAUCACAAGCAAGUACUUUGGUUGGUAAACGUAUCGUCGUUUCUAUUGAUAGUUGGCCAACUACUUCAUCAUUCCCUAUGGGCCAUUUUGUGAAAACAUUAGGCUCUUCUGGUGAUAGAGAAACAGAAACAGAAGUUUUACUAUUGGAGCAUGAUGUACCUUAUCAGGAAUUCUCAAAGAGUGUACUAGCUGAUUUACCAGUAGAAGGUGAUGAAUGGAUUGUUCAAGAAAAACAUCUCAAGGAUGAAAAUCGACGUGAUUUUAGAAAUUUGGAUAUUUGCAGUAUUGAUCCACCUGGAUGUACAGAUAUUGAUGAUGCACUUCAUGCACGACUUCUUCCUAAUGGAAAUUGGGAAGUAGGUGUUCAUAUUGCCGAUGUUACUUACUUUGUUAAGCCUGGUAUGGCUAUGGAUAAAGAAGCUGCUAAUCGAGGUACAUCUGUUUAUUUAGUAGAUAAACGUAUUGAUAUGUUACCAUCACUUUUGGGUACCAACUUAUGUUCAUUACGAUCAAAUGUAGAUCGUCUAGCAUUUUCUUGUAUUUGGGAAAUGACAGAGGAUGCAGAAAUAGUCAAUACUGAAUUUACAAAAAGUGUUAUUCGUUCCAAACAUUCAUUCACCUACGAUGAAGCACAAACCCGUAUUGAUGAUGAACGUAUGCAAGACAGUGUUACAAAGGGUAUUCGUACUUUGAACAAGUUUGCAAAAAUUUUCCGAAAGAAACGUAUGGAUAAUGGUGCCUUAACUCUUUCAUCUCCUGAAGUCCGCUUCAACCUUGAAAAUGAUUCACAAGACCCCGUAGAUGUUGAAAUGAAAGAACUUAAAGAAACCAAUGCUCUUGUCGAAGAAUUCAUGCUAUUAGCCAAUAUUUCAGUGGCGAAAAAGAUUUAUAGUAAAUUCCCCAGUUCUGCCAUGUUACGUAAACAUCAAGCACCACCUUCAAAUAACUUUGAUACAUUACGUAAAGUGCUGGCUGAAAAGGGAUUAAUUUUGAAUAUUGAAUCAUCUAAGGCUUUAGCAGAUUCUUUAGAUGAAGCUGUGAUACCUGGUGAUCCUUAUUUUAAUAAAUUGGUUCGUAUCAUGACCACACGUUGUAUGAUGCAAGCUCAAUAUUUUUGUUCAGGUACAGAGGCUGAAUCCGAUUUUAAACAUUAUGGUUUAGCAAGUCCAAUUUAUACACAUUUUACAUCACCUAUUCGUCGUUAUGCAGAUAUUGUCGUUCAUCGUUUAUUACAGGCAUGUAUCGAUUCAGACCUUGUUUAUGGACAAGAAUUAAUUGAUACUACAAAGAUGAAAGAACUUUGUGAUAACCUUAAUUUCCGUAAUCGAAUGGCGCAACAAGCAAGUCGUAGUUCAGUGGAAUUAUUUACAAGUCUUUAUUUUAGAAACAAAGUUGAAGUUGAAGAAGCACGUAUCCUUCGUAUUCUCAAGAAUGGUAUUCUUGUACUGGUUCCCAAAUAUGGUUUGGAAUCCAUUGUCUAUGUGACAGACAAUAAUAAUAAAUCAUCACCCUUUGUAUAUGAUGAAGAAGCUAAAAGUCUUGUCGCUGGUGAUAUUAUGUUGAAAACAUUUGACACAGUGAAGAUAGAGAUUACUGUAGAGGGAGAUAUUGAUGGUAUGAGACAAAAGAUGAAUAUGAAAUUGGUUGAGCCUUAUGUGGAGGGCAUCAGUGUCAAGUCUACCCCUACUACGACCAACAAGAGAACAAUAAUUAUAGAUGACCAUGUAAUUAAUGAACAAGUAACAAAGAAAUCAAAAACAACAUAAGCUUUUAUUAUUAUCGAAAAUAAACUUUUUUUUUUGUUUGUUUGUUUAUAAGUUUUGUUUUUCUUUUGCAUAACCUCUUGCAAUGCCUGA